AUAUACUUCAUUAUUCGUUUAUAACGGAUAUAAAAAAAUUCCCAACAAUCCUUUCUUUUUCAUUGUCAUUAUUAGUUCAUUGUUCUUUGUCCACAGUGACGUAAAACGACGGUAGUCUUUAGAAUCUUUUAAAAAGUAUAUUGCAAACUAUCAACCGAAUGGAAGAAAAAUAUCUGAAAAUCGAUUUAUCGGGAGUGUCUUUGCUACAUUUUUAAAGAGUUAUACACGUCUGUGAACGUUUUACAUACAUCACAUGCAAAACGAGAGGAUAUUCCAUGAGGAAAAAUAAUUAUUCAAUAAAAAUUGGAAGUAUGUCAUGUGGUAAAAUUGUUUUGCAAACGGAAUUCCAAUUAUCCUGAGUUCUUUCAAUUUCUCGAAGCCAUACGUUUCUUGGCUUGACAUGUCAUAUUCCAUCGAACGUCUAAACUAUAUGCAAGACAGCAGCAGUGACACAGAAACAGAUUGCAAGGAAACUGAUGGGCAUGGAAGGAAUUCGGCUUAUAAGAAUAGAUUGAGUUGUGGUGGUUCGUCCAAACCAAAAUCUUGUCUGGUUCAGAGGGAUGGAAGCAUCGAACAACAUUGUCCUCCCAUCGAGACAAGCAGACAGAGCACAAAUUUAGGUCAACUAAACAGGCUUCGCACAGGAAUUGGAAUCACGAAAAGUCCACAGAAUCAAAAUCGAGAAAGUUGUUCGUCGUCAAAUUCAACGUCCGGAAUGAGUCAUCAACAGAUUAGUGACGAGAGAAUUACUCUCAUUGUUGAUAACACAAGAUUUAUAAUAGAUCCAGCACUUUUUACGGCCCAUCCGAAUACAAUGUUGGGGCGAAUGUUCAGUUCUGGAAUCGAGUUUGCACAACCGAAUGAACGCGGUGAAUACGAAGUGGCGGAAGGAAUAUCUGCAAUGGUUUUUCGAGCCAUUCUCGAAUAUUACAAAGGUGGAAUUAUUCGUUGUCCACCGACUGUGACGGUUCAGGAACUGCGAGAGGCUUGCGAUUAUUUGCUUAUUCCCUUCGACGCCAGCACUGUUAAAUGCCAAAACUUGAGAGGUUUGUUGCACGAACUGUCAAAUGAAGGAGCGCGCUGCCAAUUCGAAGUUUUUCUCGAAGACUUAAUACUCCCUUUGAUGGUGAACAGUGCUCGACGAGGAGAUCGAGAGUGCCACAUUGUCGUUCUUUUGGAAGAUGACGUUGUCGACUGGGACGAGGAAUAUCCACCUCAAAUGGGAGAAGAAUAUUCCCAAACCGUGAACAGUACAGCGAUGUACAGAUUUUUCAAGUACAUCGAAAAUCGAGACGUGGCCAAGCAAGUGAUGAAAGAACGGGGUUUGAAAAAAAUUCGCCUUGGCAUUGAAGGCUAUCCAACGUACAAGGAAAAGAUAAAGAAACGCGCCGGCGGUCGGGAGGAAGUAAUUUACAAUUACGUGCAAAGGCCAUUUAUUCACAUGUCAUGGGAAAAGGAGGAGGCAAAAAGUCGUCACGUUGAUUUUCAAUGUGUAAAAUCAAAAUCAGUGACAAAUUUAGCAGAGGCAACGGCUGAUCCAGUUUUAGACGCUGGCGGAAAUCCAAUAAUUGCAUUCUUGCAAACUGCUGAAAUAGUGCCACAACCGGAAGCAUCGCCGCCAAUGGGACAGGAUAUUGAUGUCGAGGGUGCACCUGGAUUGGCGUCAGAUUCCGAUGGUAUUGGCGUUGGACCGCCCGAUGAUCAGGCAUAAAAAUCGGAUGAUAAUUGCACAUUACGAAUAACAUACUCACAAGCGGCUGUUUACUUCAUGAGAUUUAUCAAAAGUAUUAACGAAUUGUUUCUCCGAUUACGGGGUGAGAAACGCGGACUCCACGAUUUGAGUCCAUUGUAAUCCAAUGUUUUUUCAAAUCAAAGAUUAGAAAACUUGAUUGAAAGUACCUUACUCGAGUAAAUGUUCGCUUUUACUUGUUCAUAUGUACGAAACAAGAUAAGACUUAUUCACAAAUCUGUAAAUUUUUUUCCAAGUUUUGUCAUUUUGUAUCUUUAAAUAAAAUUUAAAAUAAGCAAA